AUGGGCCUCUUCGGCAAGAGCACCUCCAAGCAGACCGCCAAGCUCAAGUCCCUGGUCAAGCUCACCGUGGCGCGCCUCGCCGUCGCCCGCCGGCGGCGCCUCGGCCGCCGGUCCAUCGCCCGCAGCGACGUCGGGCAGCUCCUCUCUAUCGGCCAUCUCGACCGCGCGCUCGUCCGCGCGGAGCAGGCGAUCGAGGAGGACAACAUGCUGGAGGCGCUGGACGUCAUCGAGCUCUACUGCAAAAUCCUCAUCGAGCGGGCCGCGCAGCUGGAGAAACCCAAGGAAUGCAGCGAGGAGAUCAAGGAGGCGGCGGCGGGGCUGAUGUUCGCGUCCGCGCGGUGCGGCGAGCUGCCGGAGCUGCUGGACGCGCGCGCCAUCCUUGCGGACAAAUUCGGCCGGGACUUCGCCAGGGCGGCCAAGGAGGGCGCCCACGGCGUCGUCGACCCCACGUUGGUGCGGAAGUUGUCCGGCGAGAGGGCGAGCUUGGAGCAGAAGAGGAGGUUGGCCAAGGAGAUCGCCGCCGAGAACGACAUCUUUCUGGAGUUCCCUGAGAACCCAGUAGAGAUUCACCAAGAUGGUAGCACGACCGCGCGGAUCAAAAGUCAGAGAGCAACAAGAGAACAAACGAAAAAUGCACCGGCCAGAAUAUUUGUCGAGGAGAGUGCGGUCAAGACGGAUCGUCGUGAGGGGGAGCCGAACUCUGUUAAUGGCAUGGUGAACCCGAGCCUUGCUCAGCUGAGCCUGGAUGAGAAGGUGCUGAGGGAAUCCAAGAAGUACCCCGACGCCAGGAUGGCGGCGGAGGCAGCCUUCGCGUCCGCGAAGUUCGCCGCGAUGGCCGCCCGGGCUGCCGUUGAGCUGUCCCGGUCGGAGUCCCAUGGGAAGGGAUCGAGGGGCGGUGGCUACGACAAGGUGCCCUCCGUGCAGACCACGGCGGCAACGGAGCAAGGGACGGCGCCGCCAUCGUGGAGGCCGCACAAGUCCCCGUCGCCGUCGCCGUCACCCUCGUGGAGCGACAGGAGCACGGCGACCUCGGUUGGGUCGGACGCUGCGCACAAGGGGAAGGAGGUCGUGUUCGACCAGAGCGACGAGGAACUGGAGGACGAAGGGGCGGAGGACCUUGUCUGGCCCCCGUCGCAGCGCCGGCCAUCCUACCGGAGGACGGCCUCCACGGUGGGCACAGGCGUCGGCCCGUGGCACGGGGACGCCGGCGGCACAGGCGCGCCCGGGAACAACACCCCGCCCCACGCGCGCCCGCAGCACAGGCGUCACGCCACGGAGUUCGCCGCCGGCAACGCUCGUGCGCACGCCCUUCACGACGCCCUGGCGGGCGGCCAGCGCGGGCAGUACGUGGCCCCGCCGUACAGGAGGACCUCGACGGCCAGCACGGGCAGAGACAGCGAUGCUGCGCGGGACGACGGCGGCGCGUACGAGAGCUCGUCGUACGUGCACCCGCCGUACUCGAGGAUGGUGUCGGCGCUGGAGCGCAGCAACGAGCACAUCGCGCGGCACGAGGAGGUGCGCAGGAUGGGCACGGACGCGCGGGCGCUCCAGGAGCGGGUGUACGGCGCGGCGCCAGGGCAGGGGCAGGGGGCAGGGGCAGGGGCACGGCCCGCUGAACCCGGAGAGGAGGGCCAUCUCGGUGCGCACGCGGAGAUGAGCGGUUUCUGUGGUUUGCUGCGGGAACCAUGGAGAUUUCCUGCCUCUGGAAAUGAAAUACACAUGGGUAGAAUCAAAUAG